AUGUUUCCAGAAGACCGUUUCCAUCCACUACAGCCGGAUACCGACCGUCUCCACGACGAUCUGGUGGAAGCCACGGAAUUGGAGAGUACACCUAAAACAUCCAAGGAAUUAGGUUCAGUGCUAGUUCUGCAUCAGUUCUUGCCGGCCUGGGAUAUUCAGGCUUAUCUGCGUGUGGCGGGUAUUUGUCUGCAUGUUCACAACUCCAAGUACCCGACGUAUGAGGCCACCGGUGCAUUACCUCAACUCAGUGAUGGCAAUUUUUUGCUGCCAAAAGAAGAGAUUAUCAUGCACUUGCAAACAUUUCAUAAGGACAUUGAUGACUUUCUGAGUGACGCGCAGCGAAGCGAGUCAUACGCUUAUCGAUCGAUGCUGUCGGAAAAGUUACAACGCGUCGUAAUGUACUGUCGAUGGGUGGACUCGUCCACGUACCUGGAAGUUACGCGUCCACAUAUGAAACGCAACAUUCCAUUCCCUUUGAAUCUUUUCUUGCCAAAGAAGAUGCAUUUAGAGACGAUGGAAAAGCUGCGCCUAUACGGCAUCUCGACCAAGGAACAGGCGUACGUCAUUGCUCGUGACUGCUACACGGCACUCAAUACAAAGCUUGAGAGUGCUGGCACUUGCUACUUUUUUGGAAACCAACCGAGUGCACUGGAUGUAGCAGUGUUUGGCCACAUUGUUGACACGCUUGGCAACUCACAAUUGGCGGCUACUGUACACCAGCAUGCGCCACUGCUCAUCACGCUAGCGGAGCGCAUCCGCGAUGCGUACUUCGUUGCUCCUAAUGAACAACCCACGAGUCUCAGUGAGGAGGUUGCGUACUCGGAAAACCAGGCCAAUUACUUCACAACUACCUCACUAGAUAGCACCUUCAUGAAGAAGGUGUCAACGCCAUUACGGGUGGCUUUUCUCCAGCCUUAUCGAAGCCUAGACUGGGGCCGUCGAGUGCUAACAUUAGAGGUUGCCGAGAAAAAGCGUGUGAAGGAAGCUGAACAGCAUGCUGCUGUACAUGAGGAACAAGGUAAAGCUUUUGAGAAGGGGCCUCGUAACGUUAUCAUCGGCGCCAUUGCAGCUCUCGUCCUGUACGCUGCAGCCACGUUGCCUGUAAAUGUGCAAUUCGAUGAUGGUGAUCGCGACGAGUAUUACGAGGAUGACAACGAAGAAGGUGAUGACGAAUAG